AUAGCGUCGUUGCUGGCAAGGAAAGUGACCGCAGUAAAAAAAAAAAAAACGUAUCCAACAUUUGAGGAGUAGGAACACACGAGUGAUCUUUAUUUGUGGCAAUUAACCGUCAAAGACAAAGAGGGGACGCCCAACUCGAAGCGGACGUCCAAGAAGUGUUGCCCAGCGAGAACUACGCAUCUUUAUUUCCCCACUUUUACGCUCACACAGAAUCCAUGAAGACGAAAUCAGCAUUAGCCCUACCAGACAGAGAGAACAUUGUGUCACCAUAACCCCAGGACAGGAGCGAAGCGCCAGGUCCGCAGCCCUGAUGCCGGGCAUCAGCUCCACCGCCCCCCGGUAUGAGAACGGGGAGAUGGAGUACGACCACUACCAACAUUAUUUCUACGACGACCACGACCCGGACGAGGAUUUCUUCAAGUCCACGGCGCCAAGCGAGGAUAUAUGGAAGAAAUUUGAACUGGUGCCGACCCCGCCCAUGUCCCCCAUCCGGACGGUCGAAGGAGCAGGCAAGGUCGGACCGGUACAUCAGUCGCUCGGUGAUCGAUUGGAAUUGAUGUCUCAGUUCUUGGGCCAGGACGAGGAACAGGACAUGCCUUGUAAAGUGAACACCGUGAACGACUCCUUCAGCAACCUUAGCUCAAUCAUCAUCCAGGAUUGUAUGUGGAGCGGGUUUUCCGCCGGACUGCAGGCUGAGAAAGUUGUGGAGGAGCGGAUCGCCUCCCAUGCUGGCUCGGUGGCCGCUAAAGUACCGACGGCACCCGGCGUUCAGUCGUCGGGGAGGACGCACUGCGUCUCGUCCGAUGCGCCACUGAUCAGUAGCCUGGCGACCGACUGUGUGGACCCAGCUGCAAUCCUUACUUUCCCGUUAACGGGCGGCUGUAAAAAACCUCAAGUGUCCUCCGGCUCCGAGUCCCACACCGAUACAUCAGACGAUGAAGAUGACGACGAAGACGAGGACGAUGAGGACGAUGAGAUCGACGUGGUGACGGUGGAACACCAACAGCAGCAACACAAGUCGCGGCGGCUGGUGAACAGCCGGCAGCCGGUGACCAUCACGGUGUGCGCCGACCACCUGGACCCAUGCAUGAAGCGCUUCCACAUCUCCAUCCACCAGCAGCAGCACAACUACGCCGCGCCCUCCCCCGACACGCUGCCCGACCCGCCCCGCAAGCGGGCGCGGCCGGACGGCCUCGCCCACCAGCCCCUCCCCCACCCGAGCCAGAACUCUCUCGGCCCCUACCUCCAGCAGCCACGCCCGGGCCACACGGCCUCUAAUCCCACCGCCGCCGCCACUGGCGGCCGCUGCGGCGCCGGAUCCCGCUCGCCGUCGCCCGACCCCGCCUCCUCCCCAUCGACCGCCGCGUCCUCCUUCUACGAGAUGCCUUCCUCGCCGCCCGCCUCGGGCUCCUCCUCCCCGCCGUCGCAGGGCUUCUCGUCCUACUCCCACUCGCACCUCUCCAGCCCGCAGUCGUCUGACGGCGAGGACACGGACAAGCGCCGCGCGCACAACUUCCUGGAGCGCAAGCGGCGCAAUGACCUGCGCUCGCGCUUCCUCCUGCUGCGGGACGAAAUCCCAGGCCUGGCGGACUGCCCGAAGACGCCCAAGGUGGCCAUUCUGACACGCGCCACCCAGUACCUGCAGCAGCUCCACGCCGGCGAGCGGCAGAAGGCCCAGGAGAGGAGGCAGCUGAAGGCCAGGCAGCUGCAGCUGCAACGCAGGCUGGCCCAGCUCAGACGCUGCUGAGCGCACUGCGCUCACUAACUCACACACACACAGUACCGAAUGGGGACAAAUGAAGGAGAAAUACACUAAUGUUUCAUGACUUUCUUCAGCGGGAAGCGUCGGGCAGAAUAGGGUUGUUUUUGUUUUGUUUGUAUUUUGUUGUUUGCACAUGACCUCCUGAGCGACUCACAGGGCAGUUGGCCACUCAGGACAGUGAGUGUGGGUGGAUUUGUUCCUUCAGGGGUAAAUUUAAGACGAGCGACCGCUCUUUCUCUCCAUCUUGGUUGAUGCUCUUCUUUAAAUCAGUUAUUAGUUGUUUUUUUCCUCACGCAGAGGCCUUUUUAACUCGUAUUGUUUUGUUUUCCCUUUUCCAGUUAGCCGCCCCUUCCUGCUGGUUUUGGUUCAGUUUUUCUUUCCAUUUCCAAGUUUCUCCUGUUCUUGCUUUCUUAAACUUUUCUUAUUGACUGCUCAAUUUAUCUGGUCAAAGUUUAAGUUGUAUAAAGUAGUGGUAAUACGCCAAGUUGGCGGCAGAGUGAAAUGGAAAUCAGCAUUGGGUGGCAACCGUUAUGGAAAUAAGUUUAAACUAUGCUGCUCUGAUCAGGCCCUCUUUGUCAGAGUCCGCUCAUACCAAUUUAUAUAUUUUUCUUUUCUUCCUAGGGUGAGGGAGCAAGCGAGGGUUGCCCACUGUAAUACUGUUUGAUAUUAUUCACCAGAGGGAGAGAAGGGGGUAAAGAUACGGCAAAUGCCAGCAUGUCUUCGGCAAAUGUUUUUGAAAUUGGAUUUUGACUAUAUGCACGUGUUAAGUAAAUAUUAUCCCAUCCUCUUGCAACUGCUAAACUAAUUAAGAUCAUAUUUACAAAGACUUUUAAUUUUAUAAAUAAAUCUAACUUGCGUUACGUGCCAUUUGAGGUCAUCAAUGAAAAAUAAUCUCCCUAACAUGCCUGCUAAUGAUUUGGUUAAACUUUGCAUAUCCGCAACAUCCACAAUGCAAAACUUUUUGGUUUGGAAAUGGAACCCUUUGUGUUUCAUGUAUAGUUAUCAGAUCUGUUUUGUUCAUUUUGCCUGUCAAUUGUAAACGGUGUGUAUUUUUUUUUUUUUUUUGUAUGUUUUAAAUUUUGCAUUUGAAGUAACGCCUCUAGAAGCCUUUUAUUGUAUGUAGACUAUCUGGUUGAUACAUAUGUGAUUCAUAUGUGUGUCUGUGUGUAUAUAACUCCCUGGAUGUACAGUCCUUUCAACCGUAAAGCAGAGCUGUCUGCAAUACUUGUUAUUUUUUUCUACUCUGGGAGAGAGAGACCAGGGACUGGGCUUGCUGGCUUUCAAAGAUUACUCAAAGCUUCUAUUUUUGUUAAUAAAAAAGGAUAAGAAAAUUAAAAAAAGCUACAAUAAAACUCAACUGAUAUUGAUCACACUAGCCACUUUGGACACCGUUUUCAAUGACUUUGUUUCCAUGUAAAAAUGUUUUUUUUGCUGUACCUGGUGUUGGUUUGUACAUUCUAGAAAUGUUCAGGACAAAGGUUUUGUACUAUAUUUUCCUACGGAGCUAUGUUCAAGUGUGAACUAUCAAAGGUUUUUGUUUGUUCUUUAUGUUGUGAGUUGGUCCACGCUGGCGGUAUCGUGCUGAGGACCGUUCAGGCUCUUCACUUCUCAGCUCGAUUGGUUUUUAAAAAGCAUCUGAAUGUCCUUCUCUUUUUCAAUGUAUCUAAUGCAGCACUCUGUACGGUGUGGACAGAGGACUGGUUUAAGAGGAGCCAACAGUUUUACCUCUAGGCUUCUCUUCGGUAACCUCCAUGCACAGCUCAUUCUAUUGCCAGUCAGCCCCCCCCCAGCCCCCGGGCCUGCUUCUUUAUCAUCAUUCUCAAGCCAUAAACACCAGAGAACACUGUAGCCCAUUGUAAUCGAAUACUGUACCAUAACAAUGGUUUUGUAGCAUGUCCUCCUGUUUCAAGGCACUCAGGAAAACUCCAAGUAGUCUGUGACUUUUUCUGUUCUUGACCCCCGGUGGGCUUAGAGGAAACAUAUUAAUUUCCAGCCACCUUCCUUAUUCUUCACUGUGCAAACAGAGUGAGAUGGAGAAGUACGUGGGGCAUCACAUUUUAUUAAAUCAAUUUCCAACUCAAGUGCUCAAGCAGGCGUAUCAGGCCUUGUCUGCUAAAAUUUCAGUUGGGGGGGGAAAUGCCAAGGUGGUUUAGUCCCACCUUGGUCUUCCUAAUGCACCAUAUUAAUCUAAUCUGCUAAUUGAAUCAGCACAAACCUAUAGUUGGUUGUUCAGGGGGUUAGGUUUGGUGCAGAUCAAAUCUAACCUAAAACAUGGUUACUCCAAAUGUUUUGUUUUGUUCUUGUUUGGUUCGUCACUGGUCUCUGCCGUUGGCGCUGUCAUGGUAGCGGUUGAAGUGGAGUUUUUGAGAGUCAAGACCACGUAGACUAAUGGAGCAUUGUAUCUGCACUUUGUUUUUUCUUUACCUCAUGAGCUUCUGUGUAUGGGAGAGUUAAGUUGGAAAACUAAUAAAUGUAAAUGUUUAGGCAUUAA